GAGCGCACUCACAUCACUCCUUCGGAGGCUUAUUGCUUUGAUGGUUCACAAGGGACCUUAACAAUUCGACUAUGGGCUAAUGCCACAGUGGAAGCAGUGGAGUAUGAACAUGACUACUGGCGUGACGUAGUUCCUAUCAGUGCUCCGGAUCGGUAUGACGUCAUGGCUUGCUUGGACCAUGAUUGCCAUGAGAAAGCUGUGCUGGGUAAAUGUCGUUACCCGAUUGAUGAAAAAGUUGGCCCUGCACAGUCUUGUGAAAUGCAGAAUCGAUCAGUGACUACGGAUCAGGUUCAAAUCGUCUUUCGCACGAAUCACGGUCAGCAGUACACGUGUGUUUACCUAUUGAGAGUUCUGAGCUGGAGAUGA